AUGGUGGUCAUCGCGCGUCUUUAUUUCAUAGGCCGCGCAAACACCGCCGCCGCCACCGCCGCCGCUGCCGCCGCUGCUGGCGGUGCCGCAGAUCCCCAGCUUGUGAAAAAACUGGAAGACGAGGAGUAUGACGGAGACGAGGAGAGUGGAAAUGCAGCAGCCUUGGCGGGUUCUAGCUGCUGUGGCGCGAUGGAUAAAGGGGCAGCCGCGGAGAAGCCCGGGGAGGGCGGGGAGCGCGAGGAGCGGAGCGAGCAAUCGCGGGAGCGCUGGGGUUGGUUCGCGGCUUCGUCCGCUUGGUUCGCUGCGUUUCUCCCCCGCGGGAGGAUCGCUUCCGCCUCUCCCCUCUCCCCGUCCGCCUCCAGUAGCAACUCCCUCAAAGGCCGCGUGCGCGUGUGCUCGCCACGUGCCAGCGUGAGCCAGGCUGGCGCGCACCGGUCCGACGUGGCGUGGCAGGCUGUGCCGAACCUGGACCCGCAGCUCGGCGCGGUGUGGGAGGAUCCCGAGGCGGGGGCUGUGGGAGGGGAAGGUAUGGAGGGGACGUGGCAGGGGAGAGUGGAAGUAGUAGAAGUGGUUGAAAUAGAAGACCUAUUAGAAGGGGAAGAGGACGAGAAGGGGGAGUCGGAGGAGUGGGAGGCGGGGGAGGAAGGCGAGGAGAGGGAGGAGAGGGAGGAGGAAGAGGAGCCAUCUUUCCUUAUGUCCCCGUGCCACACGCCCGAUCUCUCCCUCCUCCGUGCAACCUCACCUCCUCCUGCUACUGCUACUGCUGAUUCACCAGCCCCGGCUGCCGCUACCACUGCCGCUGCCGCUGCCGCUGCUGCUGCUGCUGCUGCUGCUGCUGCUGCUGCUGCUGCUGCUGGUCGCAAGGGCGGCAGCAGCAUCAGCAGUGGGAGGUUCGGUUUCGGCUCCUUUUCAGCAGGAAGGUCCGCACGAAAGCAGGAAAGAGGAACGGGAGGAGCGACGGGAGGGGGCGCAGAGGAGGGUCACACGGCGUCACAGCAACAGGGUGCAGCAGCAGCAUCAGCAGCAGCAGGAGGAGGAAAUGGCGGGUGGAUGGUGGGAGCGCACGCGGCGAUUGCGGGGGUUGCUGCGGCGGCGUGGGCGACUGUGGGCCGGCUUAGCUUGCCGUCGAGCCGCGUGGCUGACGCUAGUGCGAGCCGCGGCGGGGAAAGCGCAGGAGGAGGAGGAGGAGGAGGAGGAGGAGUGGGUGGUGGUGGUGGUGGUGGUGGUGGUGGUGGUGGCUGUGAGGGCGAUGCGGCGGCCAACACGGCGAACGCAGGAAGAGACGGCAGCAUUCCUUGUGCUGGUGCAGCUGCUGCGACAGGCGAACUUCGCCAACAGGAGGUUACCAGAGCCGUGGCGAAAUGGGCGGGCGUUCGCGAAAUGAGUCUCAAGGAGGUGCUGGCGAUGACGGACAACUUCGCACAAGCUCGCAUUCUCCACGAGAGGCGCUCUGUCGCCGUCUACCGAGCCUGCUGCCCAGCCUCGGGGCAGGUCUGGGCUGUGAAGCGCGCCAAGCUCUCCCUCCUCUCCCCUUCCCCAACCUCCCCUGGAGGCUCGGGAAGCGGGCGGUCGUCUGACGGGGAUGAGGAGAGGGAAGGGGAGAGGGGCAGGGAAGGAGCAGGGGAGAAGGGAGCAGACGCUCUAGCCGCUGCAGCAGCAGCAGCAGCAGGAGGAGGAAGGGGAGGAGGAGCAGCAAUAGCAGUGGCGGCAUCGCCAGAGGCAGUGGUGUCGAUGACGGCUGAGGCGUUCGCGGAAGCCGCCAUGGCGCUGGGGCGCAUGGCGCACCCGCGCCUUGCGCGCGUGGUGGCGUUCUGCCGCGAAUGCGCGGAGCGGAUACUCGUGCUGGAGAUGGCGGAAGGAGAAGCGCUCUCCGCGGCGCUCCACUGCGCCGACCCUGCUGGUAUUCCCCCUCCGCUGCCGCUUGCAGUUGAACCGGCAGCUGCGCGUGGAGUUGCGCGGGGAGUAGCGCGCGCAGCAGUGCGCGCAGCAGCGCGCGCAGCGCCCCUAUCGCUCCCCCAGCGCCUGCAGGUAGCGGCGGACGUGGCGAGCGCGCUGCAGCACCUGCACGCGCAACUGCAGGCGCACGAGCCCCCCAGGCGCAAAGAGCGCCUGUAUUCCCGCCUGCUGCUUCUGCCCCCCCGCGCCCACGGCGCAGUGUCCGCGGAAAACGUGAUCGUGGACGGGGAGGGGCGCGCGCGGGUGAUCGGGGGUGAGCACCUGCGCGCGUUGCUGGUGCAGUCGGUGGGGGGUGGGGCAUGCGCGGUGAGGGAAGGGGAAGACUGGGGAAGGCGGGAGUUGGAAUGGGGGGGAGAGGAGGAAGAGGAGGAGAAAGCACAGGAUAAUCAUCAUCAGCAUCAUCAGAACCAGCACCAGCAGGGGCAGCAGCAGCAGCAGCAGCAGCAGCAGCAGCAGCAGCUACGACAGCAGAGAGACAGGGAGCGGGGAAGGAAAGAGCGCAAAGUUGUAUUUGACACGUCCAGUGACAGCGCAGCGUACACUGACACGUGGCAGCAGCAGCUGCAGCGCGCGUCCCUGUCCCCGUGCCUGGAGCCCCACGUGGCUGCCACGGUGGCAGGUGACGUGUUCAGCGUGGGCGUGUUGCUGCUAGAGCUCGUGACGGGUAGGCGACCCGUUGUGAGAGGGCAGAGAGACCUGCACCUCGCUGCUCUCGCUGCUGCUGGUGGUGGUGGUUCUGCUGCUACUGGGGGUGCAGGAGGAGCGAGGGAGGCUGGGGAAGCAAGGGGAGCAGGGGGGAUAGGGGGGCGGCACGCUGAGGAGGGGAGUGAGGGAGUGAGUGAGGAAGGGAGUGAGGGAGAGAGUGAGGAGGAGGAGACAGGCAGCAAGCUGUCCCUCUGGUCCCUUCCCUUGGACAAAUCACCCAUCGCCCACCCCUCCUCUCCCACACACCAACCCACACCCACGCCCAUGCCCCUUCCCCCACCAACCUUCCACUGCUCCUCCCCCACUUCUCCCCCUCACCAUCAGCGCCAUUCCCCGCUCCAUAUAGUCACAUGGGUGCGGAUGCUUCUAGAGGGAGGGGAUCCGCGUGUGAUUGUAGACCCGGCGUUGGGCCUCUGGGCUGAACCGGAGAUCAGCGGCAGUGGCCGGGUGGUGUGUAGGGAGGAGAGCGAGGUGAGUGGGUUGGUGUCCUGUGCUAGUACAAGCACCGUCACGACUGCUGUUUCUGGUGCUGCUGGCGCCGGCACAGAUUCCACCUUCACCAGAAGCACCCUGGAAGAAGGGGAGGAGGGCGAGUCCUCAGCAACCACGGUCAGCUCAUACUCAGGGGUUACUCAGAGCAGCAGACGCAGCAGCGCAGGCUCCGCUGCUGCAAGCAAGCUCUUUGCGUGGUCCUGGAAGUCUCCAGUGGUGACAGGGAAGUCUGGAAGGGAACCAGCAGCAGCAGCAGCAGCCAGAACGGGAGCAGCAGCAGGAGCAGCAGAGGGAGGAGUGAAGGAGGGGGCAGCAGCGGGAGCAGCGAAGCAGGGGGCAGCAGCGGGAUUGGUGAGUGCGGCGGUGGAAGCAGCGUGUGUGGCAGCGGUGAGUGGAGUGGUGGAGCUGGCACUGCGCUGUGUGCUGCCUGCUCCCCCCGCACGCCCCUCCAUGGCGCAGGUGGCCACGGCUGUGGAGAUGCUCCGGCUGGAUCUGCAGGGAGAGCUCGUUGCUCUGGGUGCUGCUGGUGCUUCUGCUUCUGCUUGUGCUGCUGGUAAUGGUGGUGCGGAAGGGGGCAAGGCUGGCACGGAGGAAGCAGCAGUUGACCCGUCCAUGGCCCAGGUGGCCACAGCAUUGGGGAUGUUGCGGCUGGACUUACACGGAGAGCUUGUUGCUGCUGGUGCUCUUGCUGGUGCUGGUGCUGCUGCUGCUGGUGCCGCAGCUGGUGGUGCAGCUGCAGCGGAAGGGGAUGUGCGUGGUGAUGAGGUCACUUUUGAGCUCUCUUUCAAGCAGCGCAGCCCUGGGGUUGAUUCCCCGCUGCCUGUUGCCGGUUCUGCCAUGCCAAAGCUACACCUGGAUUCAGAGGACGAGGAAGAAGAGGAGGAGGAAAGCGAGGAGGAGGGGGACGGGGAUGGUGAGGGGGGUGAGAAUGGGUCGGUUCGGAGUGAUUCGUACGAGUGUGAGAACAGCCAGAGUCAGAGCCAGAGCCAGAGCUUGAGUGCAGCAACAGCAUCAGUAACGCUGGCUGUUGUGAGCGAGAGCAUGAGCGGGGAGUACGGUAGUGGGGCUGCUUAUGGCGAGGAUGAGGCCACGAGUGGGAAGAGGAGGGGCUGGUUUAGUGCUCGGGCGGACUGGGAGGGGGAAGUGACGUCUGGGGAGAUAGAGGAGGAGGAUGAUGGGGAGGAGGUGAGGAGGAGGUGA